AUGGCGAUACAAUUUCUAUUAUUAUUAUCAAGACAAGGUAAGGUGAGGCUAUCGAAGUGGUAUCAGACAGUGUCUCAGAAAGAAAAGUCUAAGGUGACAAAGGAAUUAACAACUCUAAUCCUCUCUAGACGUGCUAAGAUGUGCAAUGUUUUAGAAUAUAAAGAUAGUAAAAUCGUUUACCGUCGAUAUGCAUCUUUAUUUUUCAUAGUGGGAAUAGAUAAUGGCGAUAACGAGCUUCUAGCUUUGGAAAUAAUCCAUCGAUUUGUCGAGCAGAUGGAUAAGAUGUAUGGGAAUGUAUGUGAGUUGGAUAUAAUUUUUGGGUUUGAGAAAGCAUAUCACAUUUUGGAUGAGUUGUUAUUAGAUGGUUAUAUUCAAGAGAGCUCAAAAAGGGAAGUACUAAAUAGAGUAGCCCAGGAAGACGAAUUAGAGAAUUUGGACGAAUUUGAAAAUAUUUUGGCUUAA